AUGGGCCCUACCACAGCUCGCAUCCUUCGCCUCGUGACCGUCGUCGCCGUGUUCGUGUUCCUCCUCUCCUCCCCCGCCUCCGCCUCCACCGUGGACGCCGCCUCCGCCCUGGACGCGACCACGCGGUGCGCGGCCACGAUCGUGUCCAUCUCGCCGUGCCUGCCGCACGUGGCGGCCGUGGCGCCGCCGCUGACUGGCUCCCCGCCCGCACCCACCGACGCCUGCUGCGUCGCCUUCCUCCGCGCCGUAUCCCCGUCGACGGCGGGAGGCGGAGAGGAGGGCUGCCUAUGCCACCUGCUCCGCAACCCGCUUCUCCUCGGCUUCCCCAUCGACGCCGCCCGCCUCGCUGCGCUCCUCCCUGCCUGCACUGCGGGAAACGCCUUUGCCGCCGCCACCGUGGAGGCCGCCACCCUCUUCGCCGACGCCUGCCGUGAACUGAAGGCGCUGCCGGAAUUGCAUUUCAUGCCCCAGUCAACAACCAGGCAAGAAAUUUCCCCAGCUGCUGUCCCUGAGUUAAUGUCCAAGCCAAUGGAGGCAGUUCCACCAGCUGGGUCAAUGGUUCGUUCAGGCGCUGAGGUCUCCAGCUCCCGUGGCAUUCCCAUUGCUGCAUUGAUCCUCGUGGCAGCAGGAGCUGUUAUCACGUAG